UGCAACUCGUGUAGGCCUAAAUCGGUUGAAAAAAUAUUUUUGAAACGCCCUUUUCGUUCUGCGGACAUUCUAACAGCGGGGCGGAGCCCUCUCCGGACAAUACUCCAGCAACAACACCAAUGCAGCGCACUAUUAAAAGCAUUCUUAUGGGACAUUUUCAAGAUAAUUACAUCUUUUAGAGCAUCAAGUGAAUAUUUUGAACACGUAGCCUAUAACGUAUAGGCAACAGUGGAAGCUGUCGAACCAACAGAGGACAAGUGAAUUACGGCAAAAGGACAUCGUUAAUAAAACAGUGUGAUCAGUCAUGGAGGGUCUGUCUCGUGCUAACAGUCUCUUCGCUCUGGAUCUCUAUCGGGCUCUGAGCGAGAGCAACGCUGCGGGAAACAUGUUCUUUUCUCCACUGAGCAUCAGCGCAGCGCUCAGCAUGGUCUACCUGGGAGCCCGAGGAGACACUGCCAAAGAAAUGGAAAAGGUUUUGUCCUUCAGUUCUGUCUCUGAUGUUCACUCUCAUUUUGAGAGACUCGCCUCAUCUAUCAACAGACCAUCAGCCUCCUACAUCCUCAAACUGGCCAGCCGCCUCUAUGGAGAGAAAACCUUCAACUUCUUACCUGAGUAUUUGGACUCCACUCUGAAGCUGUACAAUGCUGACCUUCAGGCUGUGGACUUAAUUGGAGCAUCUGAUGAGUCACGACAGCUCAUUAACAAAUGGGUGGAAGAGCAGACAGAGAAUAAAAUUAAAGAUCUCCUUCAGUUUGGUGUGAUAAAUGAGCUGACCCGGCUAGUUCUUGUUAAUGCCAUCUACUUCAAAGGGACCUGGAUGUACACAUUUGAAGCAUUUAACACUAGAGAAAUGCCAUUUAAAAUAAACCAGAAUGAGCACCGGCCUGUGCAAAUGAUGUACCAGAAAGAAAUGUUUCCCUUCAGAGACAUCCCAGAGUAUGAACUGCAGGUGCUGGAGUUACCAUAUAAACAGGAGGAGCUCAGUAUGUUGAUCCUUCUUCCAAACGAAACUCAGGAUGGCUCUGAUAAUCUUCUGAAGCUGGAGAGCGAGUUGACCCUUGACAAGCUGCUUGACUGGACCAAAAGAGACAAAAUGGCCAUGCAUAUGGAUAUUGAAGUCCAUCUGCCAAAGUUCAAGUUGGAAGUUGAGACCUCCCUAUCAGAAAAACUGCAAAAGAUGGGUAUGAGCUCUGUGUUUCAGGACACAAAGUCUGAUCUGACAGGCAUGAGCAGACAGAGUGGGCUCUUCAUUUCAGCAGUGAUCCACAAAGCUUUUAUUGAGGUGAAUGAAGAAGGCACAGAGGCAGCAGCAGCCACUGCAGUCAUGGUAGAGUGUGACUGUUUUGUCAACUUUCAAAGUUUCACGGCAGAUCACCCCUUCUUGUUCUUCAUCAGGCACAACCCCACUAACAGCAUCCUCUUCCUUGGCAGAUUCAGAGGUCCAUCCUAGAAAUGUUACACACAAAUUAAGAAAUGUGUGAUUCUUUGGAUGUUUAUUAAAUAAAUAUAUCACACCAUAUACAUGCAUGUCUUCUAAAAUUACAUUAUUCCAGCUCACUUAUAGAAAACUACAUUCUGAAUGUCAAGGAAUCUGCUUUUAGCCUACUGUAACUUCUUGAGUCAGUGAUAGGAUGGGUUGUAAUGAAGAGGUGUUUAAGUGUGUUGUUGCCCAUAGUCACACCGUACAUACACCACACCAAACUCAAUUCCUGGAUGGCCACAGUUCUGCAGUGUUUAACUCCAACCAGCUCCAAAUCACACCUGCUUGGACGUUUCUAAUGAUCCUGAAGACCUUAGCUGAACUCUGCAGGAAAGUGGGCCUUAAGGGCCAGAGUUGAGGACCCCGGUAGUAUUAUACUAGUAUCUAAAAAAUAAGUACUCCAUGAAUAACUACUAGUUUAUCAUCAGUUAAGCUUCACAGACCAUAUUGCUACAACGACCCGGUCCUGCAGAUUUGCCUUAUACAACAUUAGGAAGUUAAGACCCUUCCUGUCAGAGCAAGCCAACCAACUUCUUGUCCAAGCUCUUGUUCUCUCCAGACUCAUGUAAUGCUCUCCUGGCGGGCCUUCCUGCAUGUACUGUCAAGCCUCUGCAACUGAUCCAGAAUGCAGCAGUGAGGGUUGUUUUCAAUGAGCCAAAAAAAGCUCCCAUUACUCCUCUCCUCAUCAGGUUACACUGGCUACCAGUAGCCGCUCGCAUCAAGGUACUGAUGCUAGCCUACAAGACGACCACUGGCAUGGCACCAACAUACCUAAACUCACUGGUUAAAUCUUAUGUGCCCUCCAGAAGUUUGCACUCUGCAAGUGAAAGACACCUUGAGGUGCCAUCCCAAAGAAGUUCAAAAUCACUCUCACGGACCUUUUCCUGGACUGUGCCCAGCUGGUGGAAUGACCUCCCAAUCUCAACUCGAGUCUUUACUCAUUUUCAAAAAACAUCCAAAGACUCAUCUUUUAUGCCAGCACUUGACCAACUAAUACUAGCACUUACAUUUUCUUUUCUUGUCUUUCAUAUUCUUAUUUUUAAAAAAAGGGGGGGGGGGCAACCUGGCUAUGUGUUCUGUACUAGACUAACUGAGACUUGUCAUGACACUUGUAUACUGUCGUUGUUCUCUUGUUGACCUGACUGCUUCUAUUGUUCUCAUUUGUAAGUCGCUUUGGAUAAAAGCGUCUGCUAAAUGAUUAAAUGUAAAUGUAAAUAUCAAAUAUAUGGAAACACUUUAGAUUAGGGAACACAAUUCACUAUUAACUAGUUCUUUAUUAUCAUGCAUAUUACUAGUAUAUUGGCUGCUUAUUAGAACUUAUGAAGCACAUUAAAGUCUGAUUCUGCAUGGCCAUAUUCUAGAUCCCUUAAUACGACCCUAUACCUUAACAUACUUCAACAACUACCAUAUUAUCAAUAUACAGCAAAUUAGUUAAUAUUAAAUAGCCUGUGUUCCCUAAUCUAAAGUGUUACCAAAAUUGUGUACUAGUCACAAUUGGAAUAGGCUACUGUAAUUUACAUAGUAGUCAGAACUGAAUAGCUGAAAUCAGAAAGGCAGAUCCCCGUAGAAAUCACUGGCAAAAACGUAAAUGUCAUUAACACUGGUUCUUUAUUUGUAACCUCCGAAAGAGAGACAAAUGUGAAGUCAAAAGUAUAGCCUAUAAUUUAAAGCGACUGUAUAGUUUUGGUGCCCUCUAUAGUACAUAAUUAUGUAUUAUUGAUAGGACAGAAGUAAUAAAGGGUAAAAUUAAGAGGGAAGUGAAA